AUGGCCCAAAAUCAGCAAGCCAGAAACCCCUACAUCCUUAGACCGGGUUGGGACCCAGUGAAUGUUGGAUUUGAGGACAGCAACCUGCAAUGGCUGAAGAGCCACCCCACUGGAAAUGACAUAGCCGGUGGAGAAGCAGUCAUAGGAGCUACCUGUGGCCUCUCGGAACAAGAGGAACAGGUUGAGGCUGGAUAUCCGACAGCCUCAGAGAAAAUCAAUGUGCAGGGGACAUCGCACUUGCCGGUUUCCCAUAUGUACACCGAGUCCGAUACCCAGUGGCACUUCAACCAACUUACCAGUUGUUGUGCACAGUUUGUAGAAAGAGCAGGGGCUGGGGAUUUGACCAGCCCAGAAAAAGCUGAAGUGCAGGACACUUUGGUGAGCUGGCACUCAGCAGAUGCUGAGAUGCCGUUAUCCCCCCAUGGAACCAGUGGGGAGAUGGUCACUUGGACCAUAUUAGACCCUUCACAGUGGGAGGAAUGGGUAUGGCCCAUGAAUUUGGCUGGCCCAGAAUGGGUCGAAGUGCAGGGCGCUUCAGAGAGCAGGCACUCAGAGAUGCUGAGAUGCCCUCAGAAGUCUUCAAAGGACAAUGAAGAUAACAGCAGCGCAUGUAUAUCGCUGCUGGGAGAUAAAGCGCUAGCUAUCAUACUAGCAGUGGAUGAGCACACAUCCAAGAAUGCCUGCACACAGGUCUGA